AUGAGGACACCGCCAGCAACCGCCGGACGAUCAAGAGACAGGGCAAGCCAACGGCAUGCUGCGCCGUCAAGUCGCGAAAUGGCCGGCAGUCGAGGGCAAGGGUCCCAGGAAACGAACGUCCGUCGUCCUACGCUCCACAGCCACGGGGUUCUCAUAGAAGUCAGCCGGGGGGGGGGGGGGGGGGGGGGGGAUUGCGUGCAAAGGGGGGGGGCCGAGAAAAAUGUUUUUUGCGCCGAGAAAAGGGGGGGGGGGGGGGGGGGCGUUGGGGGGGGGGGGGGGGGGGGGGGGCGCGGGGGGGGGGGGGGGGGGGGGGGGGGGGGGGCGGGUGUCAUGACUGUCAAUGAGGACGUGCAUCGAAUAAGUAGUUUUUGCGCCCUGAAAAGCGCGCCGGCUGGUCGCCGUCUGAGGCUGGGAUAUCCCGUCCUGGUAGGGUACCAACAGCUCGGUCAGUCAGACUUGAGGAAAUUGAAAGGGACAGAAAGAAAAAAACAAGUCAGAAUCCAGGCUUGCAUCGUCUAA